AAAGCAGCUAACCGACAGUCAUGUGCUCUUUCAGUAACUUCUCUGUGCCUGAAACGACUGCGUCAUUGAGGCGGUCUGACUUCCGGAUACAAAGACACCGGACAUGGCGGGGCUAGUGCCCGUCCAGCUGAGUAACACUACAUCACCGCCUCACCAGGCAGCUCUUCGCCUCGUGCACGAUCUUAGCAGCGUAAACCUGUCCUCUCGGGCUUUCCUUUCUCUCCUUCACAUACCACAAGAGACUGGACAUACAACGAGAAUAUGUUUGGCUUCAUCGCCGACGGCCUAACCGUCGCAACCACCGUCCUCUUCCCCAUCUUCGCCUCAUACAAAGCCCUCCACACCUCCGACCCGGCGCUCCUCGCACCAUGGCUCAUAUACUUCAUCACGCUGAUGCUGCUCCACACAGUGGAAAACACCUUCGACUUCAUCCUCGCUUGGGUCCCCUUCUGGGCCUGGAUGCGCUUCUUCAUCCACUUCUACUUGAUCCUGCCGGGCUCGCAGGGCGCGACCUUCCUCUACCAGGAGUACCUUGAGCCGUUCCUGUACCACCACGAGCGCGAGAUCGACGACUUCAUUACCGAGACGCAUGACAGGGCGAGGUCGGUGGGGCUGACGUAUCUGCAGCAGGGCAUUGAGUGGGUUAAGGUCAAUGUGCUAGGGUUUGCGCCCCAGCGGCCUGCUACCCCGCCGAGCGCGGGACAGAGCUAUGCGCAGAGCUUCAUGUCGAGGUUUACUAUGCCGUCUGCGAGGGGGAACAACGACCUCGUCAGCUUGGUCUCUCAAGCGCUGAGUGGAGCUGGUGCGCUGUACGCCGGAAACAAGGACGCUCAGGCUGCAGAGCUGAAUCGGAGCGCGAACCUCGUGCCCGACAGUAUCCGGAACAACGACGACAGGCUGAGCUAUGUGGGCUCGCAACGGGAGCGUAUCUUCACCCUGCUGCAAGCUUUCGACCGCGAGGCAGAGAACCUAAAGGCGCAACGGGAGGGCGGAAGCAGAUACUACGAGGGAGGCGGCCUGUCCAAGAGCAGGAGCGAAACCGAGUUUGAUAGGAUCGAGCGAGACGAAAUCAGAGACGACCGACCUCCUCCGUAUCCUGUCACUCCGCCGGCGAUGAACCGAAGGACGAGUAGCGGCUGGAUGCCAUGGAACUGGCAGCGCUAUGAUCGACCAGUCGAGGAGGAUCCGCUCGCAUACGGCGAGCAUCGUUCUCAAGGACGCUCGACAGGAUAUGAUCGAGACCGUUAGAGGAUAGAUGGACAUCCGUUCUCUCAUGAUUGUGGGUUUCUGGCGUUAUGUUUACAUUGAGUAUGAAGGUAGAGAAAAGCCCCUCUCGCCCCACGGCCUCGCGGGCUUCAUCAUGUAGCAAUGGCAUGAAAUGAAAGCUAAAGAAGAGUCCUUCGUAUGACACGU